UAUCGACAUUUGUAUCGACCCUCCGAGCCCCCUAUUGGAAACACACGGACGCUACACAGGCGUUCGCUAGCGACCCCGCGAUGAGGGAUUUAUAAUCAUUUUUAUGAUUAAUCCCGAUGAACCAUCAUGGUGUUGUGAUACUUAGCGUUACAAACGCCUUUUAACCGACGACAUGGCCGCGACACGUUAGCUCACAAAGGGCUGCAGCUAGCGUGCUAACGUUAGCCACCGUGCUAGCAUCGAUCAAAGCAGAUCUUUGACACAAAACAAAACAAAACAAAAAAAGUGUCUGGUAGGAGUUUUUGUUUGGUUUUGUUUAGGUUUUUAUGCGUUAAAAGGAGCACAAUGGAGGAGAUCAAGACUGAACCGGUGGAUUUUGUGAGGGAAUUCCAAGAAUACCUGAGCCAGCAGACCCAGCAUGUCAACAUGAUCUCAGGGUCCAUCUGUGAGGAGAAGGAUCCAGUUGGUCCGAGGAGCGAGCAGAACGGCGUGGACCCAGCAUCCGUGGAGGUGAGCCUGCCCCUGGAGGAGGGGUCCGAGGUGCAGAUGGACGGUCUGGAGAGGACGUGUGACGGGAAGUACAAGUGCAGCUUCUGCAGCUACGCCAACAAAGGCAUGGCUCGUCUGAUUGAGCACAUCCGCAUCCAUACAGGAGAAAAGCCUCACCGCUGCCAGCUGUGCCCGUUUGCCUCGGCGUACGAGCGCCACCUGGAGGCCCACAUGCGCUCGCACACCGGCGAGAAGCCGUACAAGUGCGACCUGUGCGCUUUCCGCUGCAGCGACCGCAGCAACCUGUCGCAUCACCGCCGCCGGCGCCACAAGCUGGUGCCCGCCCGGGUGGCGCGCCCGCCCUUCGCCAGCAAACGAGGUCUGGCCACGCUCCAGAAGAGGACCGGCUCGCUGGGUUUCGGCCGGCGCCUGCUCAUCAACUUCAGCCCGCCGCCUGUGGCCGUGCCCAAGCUGGACUACGCCAACGAGCUGCCGCACCAGCAUCACCACCACAUGCCAAUCGGCGAGCACAGGAACCCCCCCCGGGUGUUCCAGAACGACUUCAACAGAGGCGUUAACGGUCUGACGUUCAACAACCCGCUGGAGCAGCUGGCGUCGCUCCAGCCGGUCGACCCCGAGGCCUCUCAAGUAUCGCCCGGCAGGGAUGAGAAGCCAAUAGUGAUACAGGAGGUCACGGGGGCGCGGGCCGCGCCGUGCCACAACGGCGUCCAGACUCGAACGCCCAAAACGGAACACCCCGCCUCAGACCGCAGGAGCCCCGCGUCGGUGCACGGCUUGGACGCGAUUGACGCCGCAUUGUGUGUCAGCAACAGCCGGCCCGGCACGCCGCUCACCGCCACGCCGGAGCGAGAGGAGCCGCAGAGGUGCCCGCACUGUGACAUCCAAUUCCCCGACAACAUCCUGCACACCAUCCACAUGGGCUGCCACGUCUACGAACACCCCUUCCGCUGCAACAUCUGCGGACACACGUGCACGGACAAGUACGACUUUGCCUGCCAUUUCGCUCAAGGACAACACAAGAAGUGACUUUUUAAAUAUUCAACGUUUUGUUGCUUUAGCCCACAUCUUUCUGGGGAGUUUAAAAAGGUAACUACUGUAUAUCUGCAAACAGACGCCUGAUGCUCUCUGCAGUUGAGUACAGCGGAGCCUCGUUUUACGGACCUAUUUGGUUCUUGAAUAGUGUUCUUAAAUCAAAAAGUAUGUAUAGUGAAGCAAAUUUCUCCAUAAGAAACAAUGUAAAUAUGAAUAAUGCGUUCCAGCCUCGACAAAAGUCCAUAUUUUAGUGAAGGUUUGUACACUUUGAGCACAAUAAUACGUGCUAUACACUACUGUAUGUCAUAACUAGGAGGUGAUGAAUCUACUGUCUUUAUUAACAAUCUAAAACAAGUUCAACUGUCCUGUAUGCACUGCGCUGCCAACACACAGAAGUCCCAUUGGUGCCCUCACAAAUGAUCAGAAAUCACAAAAAACUUUCACUUUAACAACAAUAAUAAACAUAAAAAUUUAAAUAAAUCCACUUACAUUGCAUACUUAACCAAUAAUGCUCAUUCUGGUUAACAUCAGCAAAGAUAGCAGGCACAAGACAUUAAAACAAUGGUGACAACUUGCUGAAUUAGGUCCUGACGUGGAGCAACUCAAACCUAAUGUUGGAACAACAUGCUUUUUGACGACGUUUAAUCAAUGUUGGGUUCCGAGUUCUGGCGUUGAUUUGACCGUUGAAUUUUGGUCAUUUCCCACCCAAUAUUUACAACUCAAAUACAACAUUGAAACAACAUGCUUUUUGACGACAUUUAUUCAAUGUCAGGUUGACAUUAAUUUGACCAUUGAAAUUUAGUCAUUUAUAAACUAAUAUUUUACAACACAAAUACAACGUUGAAACAACAUGCUUUUUGACGAUGUUUAAUCAAUGUCAGGUUGUGACACUGAUUUGACCAUUGAAAUUUAGUCAUUUAUAAACCAAUAUUUUACAUCACAAAUCCAACAUUGAAACAACAUGCUUUUUGACAACGUUUAAUCAAUGUUGGGUUCUGACGUUGAUUUGACCAU